GGGGGGGGGGCGGGGGCGGGUCCCUGAGCGCUGACGUCCCGAGCAGUGCUGGGAAGUAUAGGCUGUGUUGUCACGCCGGUGUCAGUCUGAUGAAGAUUGGCAUCAGGUGAAGUCUGGAGCAGGACUCUGAGGCUUUCUGUCCUCCAUGCCACUCAUCAGAAGAGGGACUGUGAACUAUCCUUGAUGUGAAUCAAUCCCAUGAUGCAACAUGCCUCCCCAGCCCCAGCUCUGACGAUGAUGGCCACGCAAAAUGUCCCUCCCCCACCCUACCAGGACAGUCCACAGAUGACGGCAACUGCUCAGACACCCUCUAAGGCCCAGGCUGUCCAUAUCUCCGCACCCUCUGCUGCUGCCAGCACUCCUGUGCCCAGUGCCCCCAUUGACCCCCAGGCCCAGCUGGAGGCUGACAAGCGAGCUGUGUACAGGCACCCUCUUUUCCCGCUCCUGACGCUGCUGUUUGAGAAAUGUGAACAGGCCACCCAGGGCUCGGAGUGCAUCACCUCCGCCAGCUUUGACGUGGACAUCGAGAACUUUGUCCACCAGCAGGAGCAGGAGCACAAACCCUUCUUCAGCGAUGACCCAGAACUGGACAAUCUGAUGGUGAAGGCAAUCCAGGUCCUGAGAAUCCACCUGCUGGAGUUGGAGAAAGUCAAUGAACUCUGCAAGGACUUUUGUAACCGUUACAUCACCUGCCUCAAAACUAAGAUGCACAGCGACAACCUGCUCAGGAAUGAUCUCGGGGGGCCCUAUUCCCCCAACCAGCCCUCCAUAAAUCUUCACUCACAGGACCUCCUGCAGAAUUCUCCCAAUUCCAUGUCCGGAGUCUCCAAUAACCCCCAGGGGAUUGUGGUCCCAGCCUCAGCGCUCCAGCAGAGCAGCAUCGCCAUGACAACUGUCAACUCACAAGUGGUGUCAGGUGGAGCCUUAUACCAGCCAGUUACCAUGGUAACCUCCCAGGGUCAGGUGGUCACCCAAGCAAUCCCCCAGGGAGCCAUCCAGAUCCAGAACACACAGGUUAACCUUGACCUCACUUCCCUCCUGGACAAUGAGGAUAAGAAGUCCAAGAACAAGCGAGGAGUCUUGCCCAAGCACGCCACCAAUAUCAUGCGUUCUUGGCUCUUCCAGCAUCUCAUGCAUCCCUACCCCACGGAGGAUGAGAAAAGGCAGAUCGCGGCCCAGACAAACCUCACCCUCUUGCAAGUCAAUAACUGGUUCAUCAACGCCCGGAGGCGCAUCCUGCAGCCCAUGCUUGAUGCCAGCAACCCAGACCCCGCCCCCAAAGCCAAGAAGAUCAAGUCCCAGCACCGGCCCACCCAGAGGUUCUGGCCCAACUCCAUCGCCGCGGGGGUGCUGCAGCCGCAGGGGGGCGCCCCGGGGACCAACCCCGACGGCUCCCUCAGCCUGGACAACCUGCAGUCCCUGUCCUCGGACAACGCCACCAUGGCCAUGCAGCAGGCCAUGAUGGCCGCACACGAUGACUCGCUGGAUGGGACGGAGGAGGAGGAGGAGGACGAGAUGGAGGAGGAGGAGGAGGAGGAGGACCUGGAAGAGGAGGCCGAUGAGCUGCAGACGACGAACGUCAGUGACCUGGGCUUGGAACACAGUGACUCCCUGGAGUAGUUGGCAGCCCAACGGCACUGACCACUGAGCGGCAGCAGCGUCGUCGGGGGGUUCGGGGUGGGGGUGGGGGGAGGGGACACGGGCAGGCGGCACCGAGGAAGCGGGGCCCUCGCUUCCCAGAACCGGUAGCUUGACACAACGCAGAGGGGACACCUGCUCCUUCCCACCCACCGAGCUCCUGUGACACCCAGCCCUGCCUCCCGGCCGCGGGGACCCUGCCGGGGCCGGCCACGCAGCCCGGCGGGAAGGCGGGGGUGAGGUCUGGAUCCGGCGAACCCCGAGGACAUUCGGCACCAGGGGCCCCGGCGGAAGGACUGGACGGUUCGCAGCCCGCACUGAGGCAGAGCAGGAGGAGAGGCAGACACACGGGGCUCUGUCCCAGCCCCCGAGAGACCGCCAAGGGCCAGAGGGAGCGGCACACAGCACAGCCGGCCGGCGGCUGGAGGCGAGGGAGGGGCUGAGGCAUCGCAUGGUGCAGGUCGGAGUGAGACCUGGAUUCCCGGGGCUGCAGCCAGGUCCUCCCCGGCCCACCUCUGGGCUCAGGCAGCAUGGACUUGGGAGAGAGGGAAGGAGCCACCAGAGUCUGUCUCUGUCUCUCUCUCUCUUUCUCUCUCUCCCACCCUCCCUCCUUCCCUCUCUCCCUGUGCAAAGAGCGGUAAGCUGGGCUCAAAUUGCAGGAGGUUUAGAGGGGUCCCUUCCCCGGGGUCUUCAGGACCCAAGGAGGUGGCAGAGCCUGAGCUGGGGGCACAUCAAGGUGUGGCUGUGGGAGUGACGGCCGUUCCCAGGUGUUCCCAGAACUCGGCCCCCGAGACGACAGGACCAUGGUGUCUCACCCCCGAUGUGCCAGCUCAGACGGCAGAGGGUGCAGCGGGUCAGGGUUGCCUCCCGCUCCAGGCCCCCAGGCCGGCUUCCUCGGCCUCCAUCCUCGCCUUCAUUUCAUCCUUCAGAGCAACAGCGGAGAGAAGCAUUUCAGCCCAACCGGAAGCCCCGGGGUUGGAGAAGGUGCUACAUCCCUCCGCCGUCCAUUUCCAAAGUGUGGGGGAGGGCACCCCAGAGCCAAGCGGUGCCCCUCCCUGCACCCGCCUCGCGGGCCUGCACACCACCUCGCACACCGCCCGGGGGGGGGGGGGGGGGGGGACACGACUGGGGCUCCCGCAGGAGGAGGCCCUCCGUCUGCCCUGACACGCCCACCCCAACCUCCAGUCCCCACAUCGGGCACCCCUCCUUCCACCCCCACCCCAGCGGCUGUGAGGACAGGACCGGCUGCAAGUGUGUUUCCCACCGGGUCCGCUCUAGCGUCUCCCUCAGUGGCAGGACAUGAGCGGCCACCCUGCCUGACCCAAGGGGACCCUCAGCCCCCCCCCCCCACCUCAUCGGGGUGGAGCAGAAGGAUGGUCGCUUUCCCGAGGUCUCCCUGAAAUGAAUGUAUUUCUCCCCCCAAAAGAGCUGAUAUUUAAUGUUUUACUGGGGAUUUUUGAGAAACAAAUAACCUUAUUUAUAAUCUUGGUGAUUCGAUCAUUUUUUUACGCCCUUUUGAUGCCACAGGUAGCAGAGAGUCUAGCUUUUUUGGCAGUGGGAUAAAAUACAUCUCCUCUCCGGGUUCGUUCAUCUUGUUAACACAUAAACACACAAACUCACACGCAUGCACGCACGCGCACACAUACACACACACACACACCCCACUCUGGACAGGCGCCAGGCCCGGCACAGGCACACCGCACACACGUGCCCGCACACCCUCCUCCCGGCCCCUCCACCUGCCUAAUGUUAUGCAACCUCCCUCUGAUGUAUCCACCAAGCCAGUGCUGAAUGUGGCUGAGAAGUUUCCAGUAAAUCUUAUUACCUGCCGA